AUGAGGACGUCCUCAUCCCAAGCCGAGCCCUGCCGGGAUGGCUAUCUCGCGCAUAUCCUCCGUGAGCUCGGUCUCCUUACCGUCUUCCAAUCCUCGUCCGAUGUCAAAUUGCUCAUUGCGCAGCGCUUCGUCCGGCUUUUUGCCUAUGGUGGUUCAACCCUCAUUCUGGCGUCUUAUCUGUCUGCUCUGGGCAUUUCCGAUGACCGGAUUGGUUUGUUCAUGACACUGACUCUGGUCGGGGAUGUGGUCAUUAGUUUCUUUCUGACGCUUUUCGCGGACAAAAUGGGGCGGAAGGCUGUUCUAGUUCUUGGGUCGGGGUUGAUGGCGGCCAGUGGGGUUGUUUUUGGGCUUUUUGGGGAUUUUUGGGUUCUUUUGCUGGCGGCGGUAUUUGGGGUCAUUAGUCCGAGUGGAAACGAAAUCGGCCCCUUCCGCGCAGUAGAAGAAUCAACCCUCGCGCAUCUAACCCCCGACGAGGUCCUUCCUGAUAUCUUCGCGUGGUACUCACUCCUCGGUACCGGUGGCACGGCGCUGGGGAUUAUGACUUGUGGAUGGGCUAUUCAUUUGCUGCGGGAGCUCAAGGGGUGGGAAUUUACUGCUACUUGUCGGAUGGUUUACUUUUUAUAUGCUGCGCUUGGUGGGCUGAAGGUUUUGUUUACGUUGGGAUUGAGCGGGGAAGUUGAAGCCGUUGCUAGACAGGCUCCUGGGGGGGAGCAGCAGGGUGUUGAUGAGACACAGCCCUUGCUGGCAGAGCAGUCCUUGUCUUCCGUUCAAGCGCAGCAUGGGAACCCUCCGAAGAAGAGUUGGUUCCGUGUCUCUCUCGACAGGGAUCUUGUUCCGUUAAUCACUAAGCUAUUCGUGCUGUUUGCCGUGGACUCGUUUGCUUCCGGGCUAGCAUCGAUGUCCUGGAUGACUUACUUCUUUCGCAACAAAUUCUCCCUCCCCGAAGGAAAUCUCGCCUCCAUCUUCUUCACAACCAGCAUCAUCUGCUCCAUUUCAAUGCUGGUCGCAUCCUCCAUCUCCAAGCGCAUCGGCAACGUCAAGACAAUGGUCUUCACCCACUUCCCCUCCACCAUCUUCCUCUCCCUAAUCCCCCUCCCAACAACCCUCCUCCCAUCCCUAACAUUCCUCAUCCUCCGCGCCUCAACGCAAAGCAUGGACGUCGCCCCUCGCUCCGCAUUCCUAGCCACCGCGUUACCGGCAGAUAAGCGCACGGCGAUCAUGGGUGCGGUUAAUGUGGUCAAGACGGCGAGUCAGAGCGUGGCGCCGUUUAUUACAGGGGUUCUGGGGGCGAGGGGGCAUCUUGGAGUGGCGUUUUGUGUGGCCGGGGGGUUGAAGGGGGUUUAUGAUUUGGGGAUGUUGGUCUGUUUUGCGGGAAGGGAUGGAAAGAGAACAAGGGUUGAUGGUGAGGAGGGCCAGGCUUGAGAGUAUCAGUGGUGGUUGUGUAUCAUUUCGAUAUAAUGGCGCUGACGCCUUUGGUGCCACCAGUCUGAGGAUGAGCAAAAGGAGUAAGCGAAGCAUGCACAGAAACAGAAAGAGGCUGUGCAUAUGCCAAGCAUCAGAUGUAUCUCGAAAUCAAUUCACAUAUACCAAUCUAGAAUGCAAAAAUCAUAAAUCAUAAUCAUUCAUAUCC